GUCGGGACGGUGAAGGGGCGUGGACGGCAAUGCGCGCGACGUCAGCUCACGUGAUCGAGUGGGCAACAUGGCGUCGGUCGCGGACAUGUUCGAUGUGACCUGGGAAGAAAUGCGUGACAAGUUGCGAAAAUGGCGAGAUGAGAACAACCGGAACAGUGAGCAGAUUGUGGAUGUUGGUGAAGAGUUAGUAAAUGACUAUGCUUCAAAACUUGGCGAUGACAUUUGGAUAAUUUAUGAACAAGUGAUGAUUGCUGCCCUUGACCUCAGUCGUGACAACUUGGCAAUGCAAUGUCUACAUGAACUUCGCAAACAGUUUCCAGGCAGCCACAGAGUGAAGCGAUUGACUGGCAUGCGAUUUGAAUCCCUUGAAAGGUAUGAAGAUGCCAACAAGAUGUACGAUGGAAUAUUGCAAGAAGAUCCAACAAACACAGCAGCACGGAAGCGCAAGAUUGCCAUUCUCAAAGCCCUGGGGAAAACCACUGAAGCCAUCAGGGAGCUGAAUGAGUAUCUGGAACAGUUUGUUGGAGACCAAGAGGCAUGGCAUGAACUAGCAGAGCUUUAUAUCAAUGAGCAUGAUUAUGCAAAAGCAGCAUUUUGCUUAGAAGAACUUAUGAUGACUAACCCUCACAAUCACCUGUACUGUCAACAUUAUGCAGAGGUGAAAUACACUCAAGGUGGACUUGAAAACCUGGAAAUUUCUCGCAAGUACUUUUCUCAAGCUCUGAAACUAAACAACAGGAACAUGCGGGCUUUGUUUGGCCUUUACAUGGCUGCAAGUCACACUGCUUCUAACCCUAAAGCCAAUGCUAAAAUCAAGAAGGAUAACAUGCGAUAUGCUACUUGGGCAGCUCUGCAGAUCAACAAGGCGUAUCAGCUCGCAGGUCGUGGCAAAAAGGAGAGCAAGAAUUCAUUGAAGGUUGUGGAGGACAUGCUGGAGGCUCUACAGAUCACGCAGUCAUGAACUCGUUGCUCUUGUUUGGAUUGUCAUCGACUUACAACGUCCCUCAAGCUCACUGAAGUAUCUUCAACACACUUGUCACUCUGCACCACCACCCCAUGCAAUCUCUCCUUUCACCAUUGCUGGCCCAUAACCACGACCACCCCACCCCUCACCUCACCUCUUUAACUUGGCCAAAUAACUUAUUCUGUAAAUGUAAUUGAUAUUUUGACUGCCUUUGAGUCAAUACUUCACACCAUUAGAGUAAUAUCUAGGUGUGCAGUUAACUACUGAAAUCUUGCUAUGGCUUGUAUGUUUUGAAGCAUUCUUCAGUAAAUUAUAUAAGAAUCAGUAGAAAAGCACAUUUACAAAAUAAAUUUAGCUUUUCUCCAAUUGAGGGUGAAGUCCCAGUGUUUUCUCACCGAGAUCUCCCUCAUUGCUGUUGCUAUCAAGGGAAAAGCGGUUCCCAAGUCUGCGAAUGGAAUGAGAAGCAAGCUGUGUCUUAGUCUAUUGCUCAAGGAUUUACUCAGCCCACGGCAAUAGCAGUGGCCCGUGCACCUCAUUCUUCUGCUGAAUUAUCUCCAAUCACCAUUGUGGCACUUGGAUACACAAGUGCCUGUCUUAGGUGAUGCACUCCCUUAGCCAGACUGUCAAUGCCACGGGUAUUAGUCUGUCGAGACGGCGCAGGAAAAUGAGAGAGUUUGCAAGCACCACAAACUUCCGAGCACACAGAGUACUCAAGGACACCUCUGUAAUCCAGCCUGAGAGAGAGGGGCUAAUAUACCAGGUCUAGAAGUGAUGAGAACAAGGGGUUCACAUUCUGCUCAUUCUUCAAAAUUAAACUGCUAUUCCAACUUUCACACAGAUAUGGAUAGGAAACCCAAAAUGCAGGUGUCGGUACUGUCAGACAGCUGGUUAUUGUCCCAUGUUAUUUUGUUUUAUAAUAAGCUUUUUAUAAUUGCUGUAUUUGCCUUUGUGACUUGCGGUGGAGAGUGAAUUUUGACAACCUUUGCUUUGAAAUAGAGUGGCUGCAGUGAACCAGUCCAUUGCUGGUGUUAAAUGACGGGAUUGCUUGUGUUGAAAUUAAACUGCAAAUUCAUUUUAUGCAGGGUUGUCAUGGCCUGAUGCAGUCCAGAAGAAUUGUGAUCUCAUGAUGUUCACUUGUAGAUUAUUGCAGACUUUUGAUCUUGGAUUUUGCAGAGAUUCAUCCUGCAGCUGCAAUCUGAUUUGCAUGUGAAUUUUCACAGCCCAUCUUGCAUAUUCAUUCAGCAUUUUGCAUGCUUCCUAAAGCAUUGAAAUAAGUGAAACAAUGUGGGAAGAAUUUCUGCCUGCUCAAGUUCCUAAGUUUUUUGGCACUGAAGUACUAUUAAUAUUAUUAAAUAAAAUAAUAGUAAAGAAACAA